AAAAAAAAAAAACUCAUGCAAUCGUCAUCCCACUUCCAAAAGAAGCUCGGUAUCACUUCGCCAACAAAACCAUCUCCUCGAAUUUCUUCUCUUGUCAAAUUCACCGCAUCUGUCUUAUCGGCGUUCCUCCUCCCGUCGUCCGUCUCGCCCAUCCCCCCCAAUUUCCGAUUUUUCUUGCUCGGUGGCAUAGGCAAUCGUCAGUUCUCGGCAGUUGGGGCGGCCGCCGCCGCCUCCAUGGAAGAGCCGACGAGACAGUCCCAGGCGCCAGAUGAAGCAGCAGAAGGCGGUAGUAGCAGUGGUGGCGGAGGAGCUACUACGGAGCCUCCGCAGGUUCCCCAAGCUGAUGAAGAGGAGCUAUUGGUGGCGAAGGCCCAGUCCCUCCUGGACAGGAUCACUGCUGCUCCCGACAAUCCUAGCCCUACUGCCCUCCACGCCCUUGCCUCCCUCCUCGAGUCCCAAGAGUCCCGAUACAUGGAGCAGCAUGAUCACACCACCACCAACGCUCGAUCUUCUUAUACCAUUGGUUGGCUUUGCAACUUCGUACGGGACAAUGAUGAAUUCUUUGAGUUGGUGUCUUCAAAGUACCUCUCGGAGAGUAGAUUCUCAACCUCGGUCCAAGCUGCUGCUGCUCGGGUUCUUCUAAGCUGUUCUCUCACUUGGAUGUACCCACAUGUUUUUGAGGAACCUGUCUUGGAAAAUAUCAAAUCUUGGGUGAUGGAUGAGGUUACAAGAUUUUCGGGCGAAGAGUCAAAUUGGAAACUCGAGUCAGGGAGAAAAGAGGUCUCGGAUCAUCAAAUGCUCAAGACAUAUUCUACUGGACUUCUUGCAGUGGCUUUGGAUGGGGAUGGUCCGCUGGUGGAAGAUGUGCUGACUUGUGGGUUGUCUUCGAAGCUCAUGCGUUAUCUUCGUAUACGUGUCCUGGGAGAUUCAAGCCAGAAAGAUACGAGCCAUCUGGUGGACAGUAAAAACGCAACCUCCAGGGGUAGAGAUGAGAAUCGGGGUAGAAUUCGGCAGCUUGUGACACAGCCACAUAUAGGCGACUUAACUGAUGGUAGAUAUGUGGAGGAUGUAGAAAGGCCAGUAGGUGGUGAUACCCAGGUUGAUGUUGGUGAACCACCUGAUGGAUUGUCUGACGCAGAUGGAAUGGAGGAGGGUGCUGAUGGUGAUGACAGAUGGCAUGGUCGAGAACUCGGCAGAGAUGAUUCCUCAAGGUGCAGGGCUAAUCGUGGAUUUGGAAAAUCCAGGGGAAAGGGAAGGGCUAGUGAUGGCACCUUAGAGAGUGAACAGUCUCUCACCUCUCCAGAUUCGGGCAGUCGACCAGGUAUUGGAAGGAGUAAUAAGGAUAGAAGCUCAUCAAGGCAUACAGAUGUGAAAAGGAUAUCUGAUUCCCGAAAAUUAUCCAAUCUAGUAAAUACUGAUGACUUAGACUUGGAAAGAGAUGACAAUACUGAGUACAUUGAAGAAUUCAAGGUAGGAACAAAAGAUAUAUCUGAGCUUGUAAGGGAAGCAGUAAGAGCGGCAGAAGCUGAAGCCAGAGCGGUAAAUGCUCCUCCAGAAGCCAUCAAAGCAGCAACUGCAGCAGCUGCAGAAGUUGUCAAAAGUGCAGCAAUGGAGGAAUUCAAAACUUCCAAUGAUGAAGAUGCCGCAGUUUUGGCAGCUUCCAAAGCUGCAUCUACUGGUAUUGAUGCUACUAAAGCAGUUGAACUUUCAAGGAGUUCUGUUGCUCUUGCUUCCGAGACAAUAAAUCCAAGUGCCCCUGAAGCGGAAAAAAAUGAAAAUGUUGAUGAGUAUUCCAUUCCUGAUCCUGAGUCACUGGCGCAACUUAGAGAAAAGUACUGCAUCCAGUGUCUCGAGUAUUUGGGAGAGUAUGUUGAAGUACUCGGGCCUGUACUGCAUGAAAAGGGGGUAGAUGUCUGCCUUGCUCUAUUACAGCAAGGCAAUAAAUCUAGAGAGACUUCAAAAGUUUCCGUGCUUCUUCCUGAUGUGAUGAAGCUAAUAUGUGCUUUGGCAGCACAUAGGAAAUUUGCAGCACUCUUUGUGGAUUGUGGUGGCAUGCAGAAACUCCUUGCUGUCCCCAGAGUCCCUCUAACCUUCUUUGGUCUUUCUUCUUGCCUGUUUGCCAUCGGUUCGCUUCAGGGUAUAAUGGAACGUGUCUGCGCUCUUCCUUCAGAUGUUGUGCGUCAGGUGGCUGACUUAGCUAUUCAGCUUCUCGACUGCUCACAGAAUCAAGCCAGAAAGAACGCAGCCUUAUUUUUUGCUGCUGCUUUUGUUUUCAGGGCAGUUCUUGAUGCUUUUGAUAGUCAGGAUGGGUUGCAGAAACUAUUAGGUGUUUUAAAUGACGCUGCUUCUGUAAGAUCAGGGGUUAACUCUGGUGCAUUAGGCUUGUCGGGCCCAGGUUCCCUUCGCAAUGAUAGAUUGCCUGCUGAAGUGCUUACUUCAUCUGAGAAGCAGAUUGCAUAUCAUACCUGUGUUGCCUUGCGGCAAUACUUCAGGGCACAUCUUAUACUGAUCGUGGAUUCCAUUCGUCCAACUAAAAGUAACAGGAGUGCACCUCGCAAUGUUUCAAGUUCGAGAGCAGCUUAUAAUCCCCUUGAUAUUAGUAAUGAGGCAGUGGACGCAGUCUUCCUUCAGUUGCAGAAGGAUAGGAAGCUGGGGCCCGCAUUUGUGCGAACUCCUUGGCCUGCAGUCGAUAAGUUUUUAGCAUACAAUGGACACCUCACUAUGUUAGAAUUGUGCCAGGCCCCACCUGUUGAGCGAUACUUUCAUGACUUGCUUCAAUAUGCUCUCGGUGUUCUUCACAUUAUUACGCUGGUACCUCAGAGUCGUAAGAUGAUCGUGAACGCCACAUUGAGUAAUGAUCGUGUUGGAAUAGCUGUGAUACUUGACGCAGCAAAUAUCACUAGCAGCAAAUUUGAUCCAGAGAUUAUCCAACCUGCAUUGAGUGUUUUAAUAAAUCUUGUCUGUCCUCCGCCGUCAAUUAGCAAUAAGCCCCCAAUGAUUGCCCAAGGACAUCAAGCUGGCAGCAGUCAAGCCUCUUUAGUCAGUAAUACAUCAGAUCGAACUGUUGCUUUGACUGGCCAGAGCGAUGUGCGGGACUGCACUGGAGAACCCAGUGGGCCUGACAGAGGGUCAGCAGCAGCUGCUUCACAGACACCUGUUCCUUCUGCAGCUUUUGGAUUAGUCGGAGAUCGCAGAAUCUCUUCAGGAGCUGGAGCAGGUUCUGCAGGGCUUGCUGCGCAGUUGGAGCAAGGAUACCGUCUUGCUAGAGAUGCUGUCCGAGCCAAUAAUGGCAUAAAGGUUCUCCUGCAUCUCCUGCAACCACGAAUAUACUCACCACCUUCAGCUCUUGACUGCCUUCGUGCUCUUGCAUGUCGCGCCCUGCUUGGGCUAGCAAGAGAUGAUACCAUUGCGCAUAUUUUGACCAAGCUUCAGGUUGGCAAGAAGCUCUCGGAACUUAUUCGAGAUUCUGGCAGUCAGACCAAUGGAGGCGAGCAGGGCAGGUGGCAGACUGAGCUUGCCCAGGUGGGGAUUGAACUAAUAGCGAUCGUAACGAAUUCAGGCCGUGCGAGUACAUUGGCUGCUACAGAUGCUGCUACCCCUACUCUUAGGCGCAUAGAGAGAGCAGCUAUAGCUGCAGCUACUCCCAUUACUUAUCACUCCAGGGAACUACUGCUUCUUAUUCAUGAACACCUACAAACAUCUGGCUUGACGAACACUGCUGCUUCACUGCUCAAAGAGGCUCAGCUUACACCUUUACCAACCCUAGCAGCCCCUCAAUCUCUCUCACAACAAACUUUUGCACAGCAAUCAUCCUCCAUACAGAUCCAGUGGCCCUCAGGUCGCUCCCCUUCUGGGUUCCUCUCUGAGAAGUUUAAACUCUCCUUAUCCAGUGAGGAUCCGGGCUUGAGGUGUGAGUCUGCAGCGCCGCCUCCUAAGAAGAAAUCGCUUGUUUUCUCACCUUCUUUCUCUAGAUCUAGGAACCAACCUCAGAUUCUCGAUUCUCAGCCACCGACCAGCAGGAACGCUCCCAGCAGUAGCACAAAACAGUCCUCUACUCCGCUAAGCUCUUGCAAUGCUCCAUCAGAACCAACUGCAAAACCUGCUUUGGAUUUGGAUUCGCAGUAUAAAAGCCCAAUUGUCCUACCAAUGAAGCAGAAGCAUCUAGAGAUAAAGGAUUUGCCUUCUGCUAAGAGAUUACAGGGCAGUGAGCAUCCGCGUUCUCCCAUGGGUUUAACUCCUCACACUGCAUGUAGGACUGGAAUACUGACCGAUCCAUCUGGGCUUUCAACACCGAGUUCUAGCAUUAGGGGUAUCUACAGGCGUUCAACACCAGGCAGUAUCUUGGACUAUUCUUUUGAUGAUCCCCACAUGAGUCAGACAAGUGACCCCCAGGCGAGCAAUACAGAGAGAUUGACCCUUGAUUCUCUGGUCAUUCAUUAUCUGAAGCACCAGCAUCGACUGUGCCCAGCCCCUAUAACAACUUUGCCUCCAUUGUCUCUCCUACACCCACAUGUCUGCCCCGAGCCAAAGAGGAGCCUUGAAACCCCACUAAAUGUGACUGCCCGACUUGCGACCCGCGAAUACAGGAGCAUGUAUGGAGGUGUCCACGGGAACUGCAGGGACCGUCAGUCCAUCUUCAGCCGGUUCAGGCCAUGGAGGACCUGCAGGGAUGACGCCGGGGCCCUUCUGACUUGCAUAGCCUUUCUCGGAGACUCUUCACAUAUUGCGGUGGGAAGCCAUUCUGGUGAGCUCAAGAUAUUUGAUUCUAACAAUAGUAUAGUGGACAGCUACACGAGUCACCAGUCUCCCGUGAAUCUUGUUCAGUCUUACAUCUCCGGUGGGACCCAGCUCUUGCUGUCAUCGAGUUCCCAGGACGUACGACUGUGGGAUGCAUCCUCAAUGCAGACCGGGCCCCUGCAUCCGUUUGAGGGGUGCAAGUCUGCUAAGUUUAGCAACUCCGGGACCCACUUUGCUGCCUUGUCGGCAGAACCCAGCCGGCGGGAAAUCGUCCUGUACGAUGUUCAGACCUACCAGACGGAACUCAAACUGUCGGACCCAUCUACCGGCCCAACAGGACGGGGACAUGUAUACUCCCUUAUCCAUUUCAGUCCUUCUGAUGCUAUGGUGCUUUGGAAUGGGGUGCUGUGGGACCGACGGGUCUCCGGUCCCGUUCACCGGUUAGACCAGUUUACUGAUUAUGGUGGCGGUGGCUUUCAUCCUGCAGGAAAUGAGGUCAUAAUAAAUUCUGAGGUAUGGGAUCUUCGAAAAUUCCGGCUGCUUCGGAGUGUUCCAUCCCUGGACCGGACGGCUAUAACAUUCAAUGCUCGUGGGGAUGUGAUCUACGCGAUUUUGAGGAGGAACCUCGAGGAUGUGAUGUCAGCUGUCCAUACGCGCCGGGUCAAGCACCCACUCUUUGCGGCUUUCCGCACAAUCGAUGCAGUGAACUACUCAGACAUCGCAACUAUCCCAGUGGACAGAUGCGUGCUCGACUUUGCAACGGAGCUUACCGACUCGUUUGUAGGGCUGAUGACCAUGGAUGACCAGGAGGAGAUGUACUCCUCUGCAAGGGUAUAUGAGGUAGGCCGCAGGAGGCCCACGGACGAUGAUUCUGACCCCGAUGAUGCGGAGGAGAGCGAGGACGACGGGGAUGAGGAUGAUGAGGACAGAGAUGUGGACCCCAUACUUGGCCCAGGACUGGGCGGGGACAGUGACAGCGAUCCGGACAGCCUGAUGAACGGUGAUGACGAUGAUGAUAGCGUGACUGACCUUGAUGACGACGAUGAUGAUGGGGAUUUUCGGGCGAAGAGUCAAAUUGGAAACUCGAGUCAGGGAGAAAAGGGGUCUCGGAUCAUCGAAGGCUCAAGACAUAUUCUACUGGACUUCUUGCAGUGGCUUUGGCGGGGGGUGGUCCGCUGCUGGAAGAUGUGCUGAUUUGUGGGUUGUCUGCGAAGCUCAUGCGUUAUCUUCGUUUACGUGUCCUGGGAGAUUCAAGCCAGAAAGAUACGAGCCAGCCAUCUGGUGGACAGUAAAAACGCAACCACCAGGGGCAGAGAUGAGAAUCGGGGCAGAUUUCGGCAGCUUGUGACAACCACAUUUAGGUGACUUAACUGAUGGUAGAUAUGUGGAGGAUGUAGAAAGGCCAGUAGGUGGUGAUCCCCAGGUUGAUGUUGGCGAACCACCUGAUGGAUUGUCUGACGCAGUUGGAUUGGAGGAGGGUGCUGAUUGUGAUGACAGAUGGCAUGGUCGAGAACUUGGCAGAGAUGAUUCCUCAAGGCGCUGGGCUAAUCCAGUGGAAAGGGAAGGGCUGGUGAUGGCACCUUAGAGAGUGAACAGUCUCUUAUAUAUAUAUAAUAUAAAAAUUAAAAAAUUAAAAAAUUAAAAAAAUUUCCCAAUUGCUCAUUGAUCUCUAGGGAGGAAAAUACGUGUAAACGACCCACAUGGAUUGUCUCGAAUAAUGUCGAAUUCAAAUAUUGUGGCUGCCGGCACCAGCUUGCUAGGGCCCGAACUGUACCGGUGCACCUCUACAACUACAAGGAGUCCUAAUCCAUGGACAGCGAAACACGGGACCAUACAUACCUUGGGGAUACCGAAUGCGGAAUCGAGGAGGGAGGAGCCAGACACCGAAUUGGUGAGAAGAGAUCCUCAGAUCUGUGCCUGCCUGACUCUCUUUUUUCUGCUAAUGAUUUCUCCGGCUAUGCAACCAAGCAAACUUCGUUUGAUUAUGUCGGGAUUAAUGGGACUAAUUAUAGUAAUUAUGACGGUGUCAGGUGAGGUGGAGAGAUUAUUUAGCUAAUUAAGGAACAAAUUUACGUUUAUAAUCUCUCUCUCUCUCUCUCUUCUGCCGGUAUAUGGUCGGUCUGUUAGUUUUGUAUUCACUCCGAGAUUCGCAAUUGGUCCUUUUUCGUCCAGUCAGUCAAUCUUACCUCGGUCAACUUGUACGGUACUGUCAUAGUCAACAUGAACCGACUAUGAUUAGCUUGGCAAGUACAAAUCUUUCUAUUUUGGGUCA